AUGGAUCCUCGACUUCAAGAAAACGGCUGUGGAGCCCUACGGAAUCUGUGCGCCGACAACGACGAUUUCAAGAUCCGCACGGUCGCGGCCGGUGGAGCAGAGCGAGCUUGCAGCGCUCUGGCGCGACACGAGGAUCUCCGAGUGCGGCGGCAGGCAUGCAGCGCUUUGAUGAACAUGUCCUCCGUGGGCCCGGAGCGUAUCGAGGACUGCCAUGAUGAAAUUCUCCAGGCAGAUGCCGUUGGCCGACUCUGCACUGCUAUUGAGGCCCACAAGAAGGAGCUCACAGUCGUGGAACCUGCCUGCGCGGCUCUUCGAAAUCUAAUCGCCGGUGCGCAGGUUGGUGAAACACGAGGUCUGACAUACAAGCAGAUCCUCGAUGAAGACUUGGUCAAGCGUCUCGUGCAGACCAUUUUCUUGAAUCUGGAUCACAACCUUGUGCAGCAUCAUUGCUUGGAAGCGCUUCGUCAUGUGUGCGGCUGGGAGAAGGGAGCCCUUCUCUUGGAGCGCAACCGGGGAGCUCAGGCCGUGAAGCGAUCCAUGGAACGCGACGAGCAAAGGAAGGUUCACGACCCCGUCAUACGGGAGCGAGGCUGCAACAUCUUGAAGGGCCUGGCCUUAGGCACAGCCACAGGGUCACGGUCCAUCCUCGAAGAUGACCGGCCAGACGGGUUGAAGCGCAUCAAGCAUGCGAUGGAAAGCUUCCGGAGCCUGAAGGAAGUGCAGAAGUCCGCGCUGGAGGCUCUGAUGGCACUGGCCAAAGGCUGGCCGAAAGAAGGAGCUCAGAGGAUCAAGGCUGUUGGAUGUUUCAAGGACAUUCUGGCCGCAAUGUCAAGUCACUCGCAGGACUUGACACUGCUUGUCAGUGCUUGCGGUGUCAUUCGCCAGCUCGCCGUCAAUGGAAUCUUGAUCGAGGAAGCAAGGCCAGUUCUGGAAAGGUACAUCAGGCAGUUCCCAGAGGAGGUGCGUUUGCUCGUGCCGGCGAUGCACUCACUAGCUGAGAUGGUCAGCCUCAUGGAGCCCACAGAUGCAGACAAAUCCUUGGCACACGACGUGUCGAAUUCUCUGGUCGCACACAAGCGGAUCGCACUCGUGCAGGCGGCUGGCCUCAGCAUACUUCGUGGUUGGGCUGCCGUCGGUGGCAUCGGGCUCUUCGCGGCCACCGAGGCCAGAUGUGUGGAGCGAGCACGCGUGGCCAUGCUUGAGCACAAAGAAGACGAGGCCGUGCAGGGGAUAGCUUGUGAGGUCCUCCGCCGGGUGGCGGCUUCCAGCACGCAGAUGCGCGACAACAUCAUCGAAGCUGGGCUGUAUUCUUUCAUAAUGACUGCUCAGGAGACAUGUCGGGCCAGCCCACAGGUCUGUCGGCAGAGCCUACAAGCAGCAAGCACAUUGCUGGGCUUUAUGGCCCCGAAGGGCCAAGGACGGCAGGAGGAACGAAUGAGGAUGAUGAUGCAGAGUGCCGCCAAAGCCAAGGCAGCUGCUGGCACCCCGCAGCGCAGCGGAGCCAUAGCCUUUGGGAAGUUGGUAAAAGAGACCGACAUGUCCCAGUUUGCCACCAAUGUGCAGGAUCUGCUGGUCUUGCACAAGUCGAGCUCUCUCUUUGUACAGGAUGCCUGUCAUGUGCUGCAGAGCCUCGCUGAGUCAUCCGACGAAGGCUGCAAGGCUGUCCAGUCUAUCGGGGUGCUCCCAACGAUUCUGACGGUCCUCAAGCAGCACCGACGCAGCGAGGCGGCGAACUUCUUCGCUCUGAGGGUCAUCUGGAGCCUUUUGACAAACACCACCUUGAUUCGUCAUGCCAUUGAGGCAGGCCUGGUUGAGCUGGUCUUCUCGUGUCUGACUCGCUUUCACGGAUGUCCAGCUGUACAGAGUGCGGCUCUUUUGCUGGUGAGCCGCACAUCCCUCCAGAACCAGGAUGCCAAGGCUAUGUACAUAGAGGCAAACAUCAUCCCGCUCAUGCGGCGACUGCUGGAAGAAGAUGACGAAUUCUUGCGAGGUCGAUGUCUGGGUGCACUUGCGAAUCUGGCGAGCAACAACACAAAAGCAGUUGAGAGGAUGCCGGACAUGGAGGAUGCGAUCGUGGAGAUGCUGUGCUCUGGCAGUGACUCUGAACAGCUGCAAUGCCGCUGUCUGCAGCUCUUGUGGGCACUACUUCGUGCUGCUAGAAGCAAGCGGCAGAAGCCACAGGCAUUUUGCAGUUCUCGGCUGCUGGAUGCAGUCCUCGAUGCCCUGGCCAAGCAUUCCAAGAGCGAGAACUUGCAGGUCCAAGGCAUGGGCUUCUUGUGGAACUUGACUGCUCUUGGACAAGAGCAGAAGCGCUGGGUUCUGGAGCAUGAUGGUCUCAGACUUGCAGUGGUUGCCCUGGAAGCCCAUGCAGACAGCCGCCCCGUGCAACAUCAUGGGUUGGAGCUGUUGCGGAGCCUUUCCUGUCUCGGACCCGAGGCACGAAAGCAGGUUCAGAACGCCAGAGCUGUGGACUUUGCAAAGACAGCACUUGUGAUGAGAGGUGACCCUCGGAUUCUUUGUGCAGCUACCGCCUUAUUGGGGAAUCUUGCCUGUGGGGAUCCGGCUGUGAAGCGCCAGCUCUUCGAUCAGGACAUACCCAAAGAGAUACUGUCUGGCAUGGAAGACUAUGCGCGCGAUGUUGGCGUGCAAGUUGUCGGGGCAUGGGCAUUGGGGAAUUUCGUCGGAGUCAGUCGCAAGCGUGCUCGGCAGCUUUAUGAGCUUGGAGGCAAAGACCGUGUCUUUUUGGCCAUGUCUGAGUACCCAUUGAAUGAUAGCAUGAAGAUGUAUGGAACAGCAGUAGUUCGUAGGUUGGAGUUGGUGCAGGAUCUGACGCUGAGUGCUGACAAAAUGGAGGAGGAUGACGAAGAGGAUGCGAAUGCAGAUAAGACCACUGAAGGCAAAAGUUUUGCGGAACUGGACAAAGAGGAGCAGGAGAAUGCGGGCUCUGAGAGCGAAUCGUCGGAAGAUCCAGAGCUCCAGGCGAAGAUUCAGGCAUUGGCUAAGCAGACAGGGCAAGGGCAAGGCGAUACUCGAAGUGGGGUUAAACUCGGGAGUGACGAUGGAGAUUGA